AUGCAAGAAGGUCCCCUCAAGACAAGACUUGUACUGUUGCUGGUCUGCUCAGCAGUGUCAACCGUCGUUGGUCUCCUAUCUGAUGGGGCCGGACUCCACCAUCAGCAGGGCCACCAGGACAUGAGUAUCAGCCAUGAAAGCACUGGACAUAGGUAUACCACAACAUCCUUACCCCCUCCUCGACGAACACUACAUCAGCAUCACAAUGGCAUGGACCAGACAGGACUACAGUUGGAAGAAAUCUCGCAUUCCUCAACGUCUUCUCAAUCUUCUCUUUCCUCUACCUCCACUUCCAACCCCCUGACAUUUGCCCUGGUGACCAAACGAUGCCACAAUCCCUUUAUCGACGUCAUUGCCGAGGGUUGUCACGAUGCGGCCGAACGUUUGCAGUCCCAUUGCCUCUACCAUUGCCCACCACUCUAUGAUCCCACGGGCCGUCUGCAGGUGGUACUGAUGGAAGAGUUAUUGGCCAACCACACGGCUGGAGUGGCUCCUCUGGCUGGGAUCGCUGUCUCGGCCAUUAAUGCGUCCAGUCUAGGAAACGUCAUUCACCGUGCGUGGGAGCACAACAUUCCUGUCGUUACCUAUGACUCGCAUGCGCCCAAUACAAAGCGGUUGGCUUACAUUGGGACGGACAACUACUUUUUUGGAACCCAACUCGCCAAGGUUCUCAAACAAGUCGAACCAAACGAACCCGGCAAAUUCGCCAUUGUCUCGGCAGGAGCGCCCAAUCUGGUGGAGCGAGAGCAGGGAGUACGAGAUCACCUCAUCAAGGAAGGAUGGGUUGAAGUUGAUAGUUCGCCCUCGGAUUACAAUGCCAAUUCCACCCUGGUAGUCCAACAAAUGCACCAGUUUGCAGAAACCCAUGCCGACCUCAAGGCCAUUAUUCCUGUCAUGGGUGCCGGCAUGCGGGCACCGCAUAAUCAAUGGCGAGACUUCGUCAAGGCAUAUCACGGCAUGCUAUUGGUCGUCGGAGACGCCAUGCCCAAUCAACUGGAACUCUUGGAUCGACACUUUUGUCAUGGACUUGUGGGACAACUUCCCUAUGAUAUGGGGUCUCUCAGUCUGGAAACACUGCAUUCCUUUGCCACCAAUCCAGAGUAUGAAACGGAUUCCUUCAUUGGAACCAACGUCUUGGAACAUCUCUUGAUUCCACUCACUCUACCCGAUCACACGGUGGAUCACAACUUGAUCGGGCAACUGCGGUUCGUGGGAUACACACUUUUCUUUUUGGUGGCAGUCAUGGCAUUGUCCUUCUCCAUCUGGACGGCCAUCAAUCGGAAUGCCAGAGUCGUCAAGGUGGCGCAGCCCAAAUUCCUCAUCAUGGUGGCCCUCGGUGUGCUCAUUAUGAGUGCGGCCAUUUUGCCAAUGGGAUUUGACGAUAACUACCAGGAUGGUCGUGCGGAGGAAGUUGGCACCAACACGAACCCGGAAAGUGACGACAAUGCUCAAGGUGUGGCGAUUUGCAUGAGCCCGAUAUGGCUCUUGACGGUUGGAUUCACCAUUUGCUUUUCGUCUUUGAAUGCCAAAAUCUACCGUGUCACGGUACUCUUUGAAUCGGGGACACGCUUCACUCGCGUCAAGAACAACAAAGGAGGUGCGCUCCUACUCCCCCUACUGGCACUCUUGGUCAUCAACUGCACGAUACUGACGACAUGGACGGUAUUGGAUCCAAUGCACUACGUCCGAUUCGAUGAGGAGGGUACGGAUGGAUGGGACCGACCAAUUAGUACCUUUGGCAAAUGUCAUUCCGACACGACUGCCGACUUUGCCGUUCCACUAGCGAUAAUCAACGGACUCGUCCUCCUCUUUGCCAACGUUGUUGCGUACAAGGCCCGGGCUAUCAACGAAGAGUUUGCCGAAAGCAAGUACAUUGCCAUGGCCAUGGCCAGUAUGCUUCAAGCCGCAAUCAGUGGCUUGCCCAUUCUCAUGGUUGUCGGCCAGGAAUCGCCUCAGGCCUUUUACAUGGUCUCGGUCUUUAUGAUCUUUGUCAUGUGUUCUGCCAUUCUGCUUUUGAUCUUUGUUCCCAAACUGGUCCUGUAUGAGCAGUUCAAGCGCCAACCAGCCAGUGUCCAACGAGCACGUAUUGCCAAAUUGAUUCAACAAUCGACGAAAUCUUGA